AUGGCACCAAUAACACCAAUAGCUGCAGUAUACAGAGUCUGCAAUAGACAUGUAGCUCCAUUAUCAAGUCCAACUAUUUUUAUACAAACAGUUCUACGACAAACCAUUUUUGGCCGACCAAUCACAAUUGGAAGAAUUAAACCUACCAAUGCCAGUAGUAUAUCUGAACUGCAAUCUGGUAAUCAGUCUCGAUCUAAUGUAGAUGGAUCAAGCUGGUCUCAACUAACAACAAAGCAGAAAGUUGUUCAGUCAGGACAGAAUAUUGGAUACGGAGGAGUGAUUGUUUUUGGUGUAGGCAUUCUAGGAUAUGCAAUAUGGACGACAGUUUCAGAUCUAUCCAAAACAUCACAGGCGUGGAAAAUAUAUGAUGCAUCGGUUGAGCAUGUUUUGGAUUCUGUUCAAGUUCAACAAGCGCUUGGGAUUCCAAUUACACCACAACCAGGUCCAGGUCCAGCAAGUUCUCGUGGGAGUAAGACUUUGAGAUAUGGCGAAUCAGUGUCGUCUGAAACACACGAGCGAUUGUUGAACUUGAAAUACUAUGUUUAUGGAUUGCGACAGAGCGGUGUAGUAGAUGUACAGGCAGUGUGGGAUCCUCAGCAUAAAUAUCAGACUGAGCAAAAUGAAGCGUUGUCGUUUGCAAAUGGAUUUGGAUUGAAUCUGUUUGGAUUGUCGUCGCCCUGGAGUUUGCAAGUGAUUGUUGUAAAUGCAUCUGGACGACGGAUUGUUGUAAUGGAUCGACGAUUGCACUCUAAUGGUGGCAGUUCUACUAAUCGUGGAUGGAUGUUUUCACUGUUUCCACGACGAAUCAUUGCACAAUCACAGACACAGCGAUCGAUCUGA